CACGAAUGAGUGAAAUUUUGAGGAAGAACCUCCCAAAUAGCUUUGACAAGACUUAUUUUUGGACAGAUUCUAUGAUUGUUUUGUACUAUAUUAGAAAUACAGAGAGUCGGUAUAGUACGUUUGUGGCCAACCGUCUAGCCAUUAUUCACCAGUAUUCAUCCCCAAAUCAGUGGGGGUACGUUAAAUCUGAAGAGAAUCCCGCAGAUUGGACAUCAAGAGGCAUACGAAAAGCGUGUGAAUUAGCGUCUUGGAUUCAGGGCCCCUCUUUUCUGGGAACCCGACAGUUUUCAAGUACCACAGACCUCUGCUGGAAGGAACCACCGAAAAAUGUCGAAUUGAAGAGGUCGGUCCGAACAAACACAAACGUUACUGAGCUCACUGCUGAUCCGAUUUUGGCGUAUCAUUCGGACUGGGUGAGGCUGAUUAAAGCUGUGGCAUGGCUUAAGAGAUAUGUGGUCUACAUAUCCGUUAUGUAUUCGCGUCGCCAAGGUGUGUCACUGAAUGUUGGCUAUCUAACAGCCGAUGAACUGGAAGCUGCUAGACAUAAAGUAUUAUGUAUGGUACAACAGGAGGUAUAUGGAGAAUUAAUAAAGGAACUCCGAGAAAAGGGUAGUUGUGAGACUGAAGAAGGUGAAUUGCAAAGGUUGUCACCUAUACUUGUGGAUGGAUUGGUCUGCGUCGGUGGGAGGUUGAACUAUUCCGACUAUCCACUUACUUUUAAGCAUCCGGUUAUCCUCCCCAGACAUCACUUCGUGACUGAGCUGAUCAUAAGGCAUUAUCAUAUUAUAGAAGGACAUACUGGUACUUCGCAAGUCCUGGCCACUCUACGAAGAAACUAUUGGAUAAUUAAGGGGAUCAGUGCGGUCAAACGGGUGAUAAGAAAGUGCAUAGAGUGCCGACGAUUGAAAGCUGCACUGGGUCAGCAGAUGAUGGCCCCUUUACCGGUCUGUCGCGUGCAGAAAGGAUGGAAACAAGUUAAUUACUUAGCUGACGUAUUUUGGCGCCGAUGGAUGAAAGAGUAUCUACCAUGCUUGCAAACUCGUCAGAAGUGGUUGGGAAGGAAAAGAAAUUUCAAGGAGGGAGAUGUGGUGAUUGUGGCCUCUGAAAAAACACCACGUGGUUCCUGGCCUUUGGGAGUGAUCGAAACAUGCGAGAAGGACGAAGACGAUUUAGUAAGAACUGUGAUGGUGCGUAUGAAGGAAGGUACCGUGAGAAGAGAUAUAAGAAAGCUUUGUCUUCUUGAGGGAGUAGAAGAAAGAUAGAGUAUGCAGACAGCUAGGUAGAUAGAGCCACGGCUGAAUACACAGAGGUGUUUUGCGUGUCUGGAGGGAUUUUGGUGGCCGGUGUAAAGGAAAAAUGAUCUGAAAAUCCCUCCCGAUCACCCUUAUUUGAUUGUAUUGACAUUUAUUUUAACAUUUUUACCCUCGUUAUGGAUGGUGUACCUUUG